GAGUUCGAUUCAUAGCCAUAACCAGUACAUUACAUUCGCCACUGGCUGCAUGAUGUGAAAAAAGUUGAUGCCCUAAUCAAACUAGAAAAAGAAUUCAAUCAAAGGUUUUACUAGCUCUGGAAGUUUUAAAUGGAUUCAGUUUGGAUUUGGUAGCCAUAACCAAAAUCCCCUUUUUUUAUUUUUUAUUUUAUGGUUAGGUAAGAACACACUCUUUCAAAAUAUUUCUUUGCUUAUUGGUUUAGUUAUUCUUACUAAAUUCUCUGAUUAAAGCACACUGACUUCAUGCAAGAAUAACAACAUCUUGAGGAAAAAAGAGUAAUACUUUGAACAAAGAAAAAGGAAAGUUAAACUAAGGAAUUGAUUCUUGAUCAGCUAGCUAUAGGAACAUGAUGAAUUUCAAUCGUCGGCUUCGUCUUCUUGAGACAGAACAGAAAAGUAUGCCAGCAAUAAAUGGAAAUCAGAGAGAUGAUUCGUACCUUAAUGAUUCAAAUUUCGACACAAAUAUGAUCAUAAUCCUUGCUGUUCUUCUUUGUGCAUUAUUAAGUGUACUUGGUCUAAACUUAGUCGUUAGAUGCGGUUUACGUUGUAGUCGUAGGUCGUUGGUCCAUGGAACCGCAGAGGAGUCACAAGUUGUUGCUGCUAAAGGCAUUAAGAAGAAAACUCUGCGGCAGAUUGCAGUGGUGGUUUAUGGGCGAGUGAAUUUUCCGGCGACUGAAUGUCCAAUUUGCUUAGGAGAGUUUGUGGAUGGUGAGAAAAUUCGGGUGUUACCAAAAUGUUACCAUGGUUUUCAUGUGACAUGUAUUGACAAAUGGCUCUUGUCACAUUCAUCGUGCCCAAAUUGUCGGCAUUCUUUGAAUGAAUUGCAGUCGAUUUCUCCACUAGGUAAUCGUGAAGCAGCAAGUACGUCUCUAUCCCAAGCAAAUUGAGGUUGGAUGUAUGAAUUGCCAUUGUCUGUGUUUCUCUGUUGUAAAAUUGAAGUCGACUAUAUAAAUUUUCACUGCAAAAUCGUAAAAUACUUCCUGUUUGCUCUGUUAAAAUUUGCCUUUUCAUUUUGUUUCCUCUUUGACUUUGGCCAAAUAAAGAUUAAAAUGAGUAGCUA